UCACGCAUUAUACCGUUGGUUUGGACACGGCUUCGCAAGCGGUCGAUCGGCAGUCAUUUUUCAUUCAUAAAUUUAUUAUUCGUACCACUCGUCGAGGAGGAGGAGACGCAUCACACACAUCACACACAAUAUUCUACGUGUAAACUGCUCAAUCCUCAUCAAUUUAGUAAACGCAGAAGUGCGUGAGAUCGUGUAUCGUACGGAUGCUUGUUUUUCGUGGAAUGCUCUUGUGAAUGUGCAUCAGAACACUGUUACAGUAACUGUAAUUUUUUGUACAUCAAGAGUGGACAUUGGGGAAAGUGGAAACUUUAAAGAUUUGCAGUGGCAUAUAAGCGAAGGGGUGUGGAUUCCGACAGCUAAGUAAUUACAGCCGAUUGACCUGGUCCCUAAUUUGGAAGCGCUUCGACAAUGUCGUCACCAUUCCGGUAUACGCACGCAAUAACCUGCAGAAUUCCCCUAUCGUUGCGCACCCGAGGCGAGAUCGAUCUGGAAGAAGCAAAGCUGCAGCAUGAAGCGUACGUGAGAUUGUUACGCGACUUGGGAUUGGAUGUGUUGGAGCUACCGCCGGAUGAGAACCUGCCGGAGUGCCCGUUCAUUGAAGAUUGCGCCGUGGUAUGUAAUGGCAUUGCUUUGAUCUGUCGGCCCGGGGAUCCCAACCGAUUGAAAGAGGUCGACGCUGUGCGCUCGGUACUCCGAAAGGAACUGGAUCUUCCAUUGGCGGAAAUAGCCGAUCAAAAUGCACGCCUAGAUGGAGGCGACGUUCUCUUUACUGGGCGGGAAUUUUUCGUCGGUCUCAGCAAGUGGACCAACGAAGCAGGAGCUCGUGCGGUGGCCUCAGCCUUUCCAGAGUAUCCCUGUGUGCCGAUCAAGGUGACGGAACACCACCACCUCAAGUACUACGUUUCGAUGGCCGGCAACGACGUGCUGUGCGUCAGCCGGAGCAAAGAAUCCCAGGAGAUACUGAAACGGAUCGAGCGGGAAGCUACCUACACCUACAGCACCCUAACGCUGCAGGAGGAACAGGCCGCCAACGUUCUGUUCGUCAACGGAACGUUGAUUCAUCGUUUGAGCGAGGAAAUUCCCCAAUCGGCGGCGAUCCUUUCGCAAAAACUGGACAUUCCCCGACAGACAGUGCCAAUGUCGGAGCUGGGAAAAUUCUCGAACGGCCUUACGGCAUGCUGCAUCCUGGUGAAACGUUCCCGGCACAUCAAGAGUCUGUAGGGUGGAAGACGUGGGAGGAAAUGAACCAUUUUUUCUUGUUUUUUGUUUAUACCUUAUAUUUGCAUGUAAGUAUUUACCAGAAAAGUAUAUUUAACUAUUUAUUGUUUAACCUAUUUUCUACAAAUGUGCUAAAUUACGUGCUUUGUUACUAGCUCUGAUAAGCUUAUGGUAAAUUCUCAUUGUUGAUUAAGGAUUGUAGAUUCCAUUUUCUUAUUGCAUUAGGCAAAAUUUCGUUUUUCUUAAACUUAGUGUAGGAUGAAGUUAACAUUUUUAAAAGCUUUUGCUAAGUAAAGAUAUUCAAAACUUUCCAUGACUUCGGUAAGCGUACUGUUUUUUCCUGUAUCAUUGGGCAUUAUGGGGCAAUCUAUUGCGCACGUGUCUUCGUAUAGAUUUAGUUCAGGUCUGUCGAACUACGAGUUGCAUAAAACCAAGAACAACAAUAGAUAAACGAAUGUUACAAAUUGGUUGUGACUACAAAUAACAGAAAAACAUUUCCGUUAGUGGUAAGUUCGAACCAAUCGAAGGAAGAUAUAAAGCCAAGUAAAAUGUGAAAAAUAUAGUUAGAACCGUACAUUGAAAUAAAUAUAGCUUAAUAUAACGACCAGUGCUCAAAAGUUUCAAUAUAUAACAUAUAGUAACAGAAUAUCUUCCGAUCAGUAAACGAGAACAUUCUAAAACUUCCGUAUUUUUGAGAUAGUAAGCUUAGUAAAAACUCCAAAUUUCACAGUAUGACAUUGUUUGUCUUAUUUACUAUUUAAAACGCACUUUAGUUCAAGCUUAGCAAAUUAUUCCAUUUUGGUUCGACUGUUUGUCUGUAAGUGCUGUUUUUCGAAUCUCCAAAACCAAGUUGACAGUCGUCGUCUAUAAUAGGUUAAUUAUCCAAACUAGAGUUAAUAUUUCGCAACAAACUGAUAGUUUACAUACAUAACUUCUACAACAUAAUGAACUAAAAAGGGGGAAACAAUCUCAUUAAUGCUACCUGUCAUUCGAGUUACAUUGAUAUAUCAAAUCAACUAUUUAGGGAUCAUAAGCAAUUCCAAUAGAAUUCGCGCAAACUGCGUCGUAAUUAAAAAGUAGUCAAAAUAAAGAGGAAUUUUUAUGCUUUCGAAA